CAGAACAAGCCGGAGGAUCAACCUCAGAAAGUCCCGGAAGAACAGUCCAAGAAUGCUCUUGUCGCUUCAGCACUUGCUGAGACUCAAUCCUCGGAUCUCAUCGCACCAGUAACGAUACCUGACGAUCCGAAUGGUGUCCUCACACCAAGCCACCCAGCAUGGCAUCUGCUCAACAACAGCUCGCUGGUCAUUCAGCGACAAAUCGAAAUGAUGAACGUUUUUCUCGGAUUCGAGCAAGCCAACAGAUACGUCAUUAUGAACGGCAAAGGAGAAACAAUUGGAUACAUGGCUGAGCAGGAUCAUGGCAUGGGCAGCAUGUUGGUUCGACAGAUGGCCAAGACCCACCGCAGCUUUACCUGCCAUAUAUUCGACAAUAGCGAGAGGGAGAUCUUGCGUAUCCAUCGACCUUUCUCUUGGAUCUCGUCUCGCAUUCGUAUUUAUGAUCCCACUACUCCUGGGGACUACACACAAUCAGACACGCUUCAGGGCACAUCCGUCCAGUCGACCAUCAACCAGACCUCUGCAGCUCAGGUCUCCCCUCUUCCUCUGAACGACAUGAGGAUCAUUGGAGAAGCACAACAACAAUGGGCACCACUCCGCAGGAAAUACAACCUUUUCAACUAUCGUUCCAUUGCUCCCCCCAAUGACUCCACACCAAAGCUCACAUUAGGCGACGCCCCCAACACAUCCACCAAAGCUCUUGCAGUCACGGAAGGCGAAUCAGAACAAGCAAUCGAGGCCGGCAUGCAGCAAUUCGCCUUUGUCAAUGAGCCCUUCCUCUCCUGGGACUUUUCCCUCAAAGACGCGGACGAUCGCAAGAUCGGCAGUGUCAACCGCAAUUUCGUUGGGUUUGCUCGAGAGAUCUUCACAGAUACUGGUGUCUAUGCUUUACGCAUGGAUUCUGCUGCGCUCGAGGAAGCUUCAGAAGAGCAAAUGGCGAUGACGCUGGAUCAAAGGGCUGUCAUGCUUGCCACUGCCGUUAGCAUUGACUUUGACUACUUUUCCAGACAUAGUGGAGCCCUGGGCGGCGGAGGCUUCUUCCCCAUUUGGUUCCCUGGUAUGGGAGGUGGUGCUGCCGAGGGCGGUGCAGUGGCCACUGAAGUCGGAACUGCAGAAGGUGCCAUGAGUGGAGCAACAAGAGGCGUUUCGGGCUCUGAGGGCGCUAUUGGAGCUGCAGGUUCAAUGGCAGGAGUUGAAGCCAUGAAUCGUGGCCGAGGCAACCAACCAGCGGAUGACGCUAGUCCACAGGCUCCUGUUGAGCCAUUCCAAAAUGAUGGCAGUGUUGGACAGUCGCAAGGAGAUAGUUGGGGUGAGCAGAGUCCUUGGGCUCAGCAAUCGCAACAGCCUCAGGAUGAUCCUUGGGGCAAUCAAGGAGGUUCUGAUGGCGGUGAUGGAGGAGGUGAUGGUUUUGACUUUGAUGACUUCUUCUAG